AGUUGAUUAGCAGUAGUAAUAUCUCCCGUGCUGUACUCGGCUAAUUAUUCAACAACUUUGACGUGUGUGAAAGGCCUACUUUUCCACGCACCUACAAAAGGGGAAAAAGAUAUGUUUCUGAUACCAACCACCUAAUCCUCCUCCCUAGUCAGCAGUAUCAUCUUCUUCUUCUUCAGUGAGUUCUAUAUAUAAAAAAGCAAAGCUGAGUACCUCCUGAGAGAGCUGAGAAAUUCAGGUGCAGUAUUUCAGAUUCAGAUACAACUGGCUGCGUGAUCGGCUUUUGAAGAUGGGGAGUUCAGAGUUGGAGCAAACAAAGGCGCACUCACACAUCGAUUGUGCUCAGCCACCGGAAAGAACCUGGCAGAGAAAAUUUGACGAUGAAGGCAAGGAGAUUGCAAUGUUUAGCUUCACCAUGAACGAUAUCAUGACAGUCGCACCCUUGAUUGUCAAAAUGAUGCGUAUACUGGUCGAAGAAAGAGCGAAAGGGAAGGCCUCAGUCUACGAUCCGUUCAAGAAAUGGAUGAGCAACUGCUACCGUGGGGUGCCCCUCGGCACGCUAGGUGCAGGAAGCAUAGGGAGAAGCUACAGGGGGUACUUUCAGCAUUUUCAGUUAUUCCCAGGGAUAUAUGAACAGAAGCCCAUCCUAGCCAACCAGUUUUCAGCAUUUGUUUCGCGUCCCGGUGGGAAGAGCUACUCGACGGUGUUGUCGGCACCCCCUGCUGAAGUCUUGAAAGGAAUAGAUAAGGCCAGCAUUGGGUCUUGGGACUGGAACCUGAAAGAGAAGAACUGCAGUUACCAUGGCUUGUUCCCAAGAUCAUGGACAGUAUAUGAUGGCGAGCCUGACCCUGAAAUCAAGAUCACAUGCCGUCAGAUAUCUCCGUUCAUCCCGCGCAACUACAAGGAGAGCAGCUUCCCGGUCGCGGUGUUCACUUUCACGGUGCAAAAUUCAGGGAGCACACCUGCAGAUGUCACACUGCUCUUCACAUGGGCAAAUUCAGUCGGAGGGAAAUCAGAGCUGACCGGAAAUCACAGCAACUCCACGAUGAGAGCACGGGACGGCGUCCAUGGCGUCCUCCUCCGCCACAGCACAGCAGAAGGGCACCCGCCGGUGACGUUCGCGAUCGCGUCGCAGGACACCGGCGACGUCCGCGUCACCUGCUGCCCGUCCUUCUCCAUGGGCCCAUCUUCCAAAUCCGGCGAGCCCACGGCCAAGGAGAUGUGGGAGGAGAUCAAGAAGCACGGCUCCUUCGGCGACGCCGCCGCCGGCACCGGCAGGCCGUCGAGGCCCGGGUCGUCGGUCGGGGCGGCGGUGGCGGCGGCGACGACGGUGACGGCGGGGUGCACGCGCGAGGUGUCGUUCGCGCUUUCGUGGUCUUGCCCCGUGGUGAAGUUCCCCGCCGGCAGGACCUACCACCGGCGGCACACCAAGUUCGUCGGACUGGAUCGAGACGCCGCAGCGGAGCAGCUGGCUCACCACGCGCUUCUCGAACACAUGGAGUGGGAGCGUCAGAUCGAGGCGUGGCAGAGGCCUGUUCUGCAGGACAAAUCGCUUCCUGAUUGGUAUCCUGUCGCACUGUUCAACGAGCUCUACUAUCUCAACGCUGGAGGCACCAUUUGGACAGAUGGGAUGCCGUCAAAGAAGACAAGCCUCGUUUCGUCAAGUUCCGGAACAAUGGAACCCUUCUCCCUCGCCGCGUUUCAUCCCGAUCCAAACGCCACCUCCUCCUCCACGGCGGCAGACGACAUCCUGCUUGCCAUGGCGAGGGCGGAAGAGCAUCUGUUGCCCGCGGCGGAGGAUGAGAAGGGUGUGGGGAAGUUCUUGUACCUGGAGGGUAUGGAGUACCACAUGUACAACACAUACGAUGUGCACUUCUACGCCUCGUUCGCCCUCCUCUCCCUCUUCCCCGACCUCGAGCUCUCCCUCCAGCGUGACUUCGCCGCCGCCGUCCUCCGCCAUGACCCCCGCCUUAUGUACACCCUCGACGGCAAGUUCGUGCCACGCAAGGUUCUCGGCGCCGUGCCGCAUGACAUCGGGCUAAAUGACCCGUGGCACGAGCUAAACGCGUACAUGAUCCACGACCCGUCCAGGUGGAAGGACCUGAACCCCAAGUUCGUGCUCCAAGUGUAUCGCGACGUGGCGGCCACGGGUGACCUCGACUUCGCCAGGUCAGCAUGGCCAUCCGUGUACGUGGCGUUGGCGUACAUGGACCAGUUCGACCGAGACCGUGACGGCAUGGUGGAGAAUGAGGGCCGGCCCGACCAAACCUACGACCUGUGGUCCGUCUCCGGCGUCAGCGCCUACACGGGCGGGCUCUGGGUCGCUGCCCUCCGCGCCGCCACCGCCAUGGCGGCCCUCGUGGGCGACCUCCCUGCCGAGGCCGUCUUCCUCGAAAGAUACAACCGCGCCAACAAAGUCUACGACUCCGAGCUCUGGACCGGCGACUACUUCCGGUACGACAACAGCGGCGGCGGCAACAGCGAGUCGGUCAUGGCGGACCAGCUCGCGGGCCAGUGGUACGCGCGGGCUUGCGGGCUGGAGCCUGUCGUGGGCCGGGACAAGGCCCGCCGGGCCCUGGCGGCCGUCCUGGAGCACAACGUGAUGCAGGUCCAGGGCGGCGGCGUGGGGGCUGUCAACGGGGCCCGCUUGCCGGAGCACGGCGGCGGGGUGGACGAGUCGUCGACGCAGUCCAAGGAGGUGUGGACUGGGACGACGUACGCGGUGGCGGCGGCCAUGAUCGGGGAAGGGAUGCGGGAGGAAGGGUUCACGGCGGCCAAGGGGGCCUAUGGCGCCGGAUGGGGAGAAGACGGGUACGGGUACGCGUUCCAAAUGCCGGAGUCAUGGACGGCGGAUGGUGCCGGCGGGUACCGGUCCCUGCACUACAUGCGGCCGCUUGCCGUGUGGGCCAUGCAGUGGGCGCUCUCCCCGCCGACGCCUGUGUUGCCGGAGCUGGAGAGGAUGGCGGCGAAGAGCAAGGCGACGGAGGAGGAGGUGGAAUUGGCAAAGGAGAAGUUUGAGAAAGUUGCGAGCUUGCUGAGGCUACCGGAGGAAGAGAAAAAGAAGGAAAAGGGGUAUCUGCGAGCUUUCUACCAGAUUCUCAGGCAGAUCCUGCUCCCGGCGGCGUACUGAUUAAUUAAUUAAUUCUUGGACUAUAAUUUGCGUCUUCGUAAUUUUCAAAACAGUGUUCCUCGAAAAAAAUAAUUCAAAACAGUGGCUGCAUCGGUCGACAAAGCAUGAGAAAUGAUGAGUUCGCAAAAAAUUGCUAGAUCUUCGACUUAUGAGCUGAAACUUUCGGAUUUGAAGGUCGAGAGAAAAGGAGGGAUGCAUUCAUGCAUUUCUAGAGAAAAA